GGAAUUUUUCACACGUAUUCACGGCGUACUGGUUCUUUAGAGGAUUGACGGAGAAUGGGAGACUUUUGUAAACGUGAACUUGGUGAAAGCCCAUCAGCAAUAGUUAAAAGCGAGAUAGCGAAUCCGGAUGACAACAUUGUUACCCCGCCGUACGUGGGGGAAAUUGGGGGCCAAAACUGUGAUGUAGAACCUGAACUUGGUACUGUCCACUGUAGUGCAGGUUGGGAUAGCGAUGAAGACGGUGCUCAGCCACCACCUCUUCGACUGGAAAACGACGCCACAAAUAGAAAUGGACAUAAUAAUGAUGCCAAAAUCCCACAAAUACCCCUUCAAAAGGUUGAAAAAGUGGAUGGCUUGCCGGAUGACUAUUUUGAUAGCCUCAUAGAAGAUGGUAUCAGCUUUGAGCCGAUCAACAAUUCUUUUGCCAAAAGAGAGGAUUUGGAUGAUAUGGAUCUAUUGCCUGUACAGGUAUCAGAAGUGCCUCAAGAAAGUGUUAAGAUUCCAGAGGAGGGUGAAAUUAUUGAUGAUGACGCUCUAGAAGCAUUAUACAAGCAAAGAAAUAAGGAACUGGAAAAAUUGAAAAAAAUAACUUCUAAAAAAAACAAAAAGUGCAAGACAAAAGAUGGCCGUAAAAAACGCCGUCGAAGCCGCAGUCCUGAUCUUAGUCGGAAGAAUCACAAGCGUAUGCGUGGCCAUAGCAGCGAAGAUGAAAAUACCAAUAAUCUGAAUUCUAGAUUUUAUCAAGAUCCAAGAUCUUCAAGUGGCCUUAACCUUAUACCCAUUCCUAAAAAUGACCAUACCAAUGAUUCUGAUUUGUGCUUGCCCGCUCCAAAAGGUGAGCUAACCGUAAAACUUAGAAAACUGGACAAUUUACUUGACGGACCCCCCACCCAGCCAACAGCACCGCUAACUGUCAGAGAAAAACGCGCAUUGGCGGUAGAACGGGUGACAAAAUUACUCACUCUCAUUCGUCUAAAGUCAACAAAGGCACCGGAGACGGAGUUUCUUGUUGUAGACACCAUAAGCAAAUUGCCCGAAAGCAAGUCCUACAUGAAUCAAGGUAUUUUCGAGAAUCCUUCGCCUAUUUGCAAUAACUUCAACGUGAUGUAUAAGUUCAACUCAAUUGCGGGACAGCGAUUCAGUCUGGCAAAAUGGGGACUUGAGGAACUGCCAGCAGCCACCACAGAGCUACUACGCCUAACGGGCAUCGAUGCAGCCCGCUUAAAAGAGUUGCAGCUCAGCACCAAGUUAUCGCAAAGAAUUCUAAAACUAAAGGAACGGGCAGCGGCCAAUGCAAACUCAUCCAAUAUGGAUGAUUUCACCACCAGUUUAUCGGCAAACGCUUCUACGCAAACGGAAAUCAGAACUAAGGAUGCACAAGUGCAGGCAAGACUUGAAUCCAGUAGUGCUUUUUGGAGCAAUCCCGAUUUUGACGAGACACGAAUGACACAACUUCAGGCAAAUGUCAUGUAUACACUGCAGGCGCUCUGCAAAUCCGUGCCGAAUGCUGCUUCCGCUGGUAAACUGUACAAGCUGUUGCAUCCUGCUCUAAGCCUCAUACGUUCACCAGAACGAAAUAGCUGAAUAGUUUAGUACUUUACUGUGCAAGUCUCGAAGCUCAAAAGACAAAAAUGUAAUCAAUUUUACAGAAUCUCAAAUUGUACCAAAUUAAUAUGUUAUUGUGGUCCUCAGCAUUGCUAGAUCACAACAUUUAAUUCACUUUUUUCACUUUUUGUAAUGUUAAAUUCAUACAUACAUACAUAAAUAGGUAAAGAUUAAUUUGUAACAAUAAAGCUGAGCAUAAAACA